UGACUUGUCUGUGACUGUUUUCAGACUACGAUAAAAUGUUCAAGCUGAGUGAAAAGAUCCUUCUGCUGUGUGUGGGUGAGGCCGGUGAUACUGUGCAGUUCGCAGAGUACAUUCAGAAAAACGUGCAGCUCUAUAAAAUGAGAAACGGUUACGAGCUUAGUCCAGCAGCAGCAGCCAACUUCACCAGAAAGAACCUGGCCGACUACUUGCGUAGCCGGACACCGUACCAUGUGAACCUGCUCCUGGCUGGUUAUGAUGAGACGGAUGGACCAGGCCUCUACUACAUGGACUACCUGGCAGCUGUUGCCAAAGCCCCCUUUGCUGCCCAUGGCUAUGGUGCCUUCCUCACACUCUCCAUCCUGGACAGAUACUACAAACCAGAUCUCACUCGUGAGGAGGCAGUAGAACUUCUCAAGAAGUGUGUAGAGGAGCUGAACAAGCGUUUCAUCCUGAAUCUGCCCUCAUUCAACGUGCGCCUGAUUGACAAGGAUGGCAUCCACGACCUGGAGAAGCUUCCCCUGGGUGCUAAGUGAACUUCCACUCCCACCACCAAGUCCCUGUGUGAUUUUUGUACUACACAUAUAUCUGCCUAUGUUCUAAUAAAAGUCCUGUGCUGAA